AUCCCACAUGUCGUUGGUCCGAUCAUGGACUCUGGAUAUACUUACAAUCUUCCACAGUCGGAAGUGCGGAACACAGGCUCAUAUAGCUCGACUACAAACACGGAUUCCCAGUCUCCUGUCAUCUAUGGUCAAACCUUACCGUCAUCUCCCAACAACGAUCUCUACUACACGCAAAACCGUGACACCUACAAACCCCCGGCUUAUGAAACGACUGCAUUUGCUCCAAACCAAGGUGGCGCACAAGGUUUUGCGCAAGCGCAGUACCAGCAGUCAAACAAAGGACUUCCUCCUCCGUCGGGUCAGCCGAUAUACUACUACCAGGAACAAGAACGUUCACAGAAUUCGGGCAACUUAGAUACACAGUAUCAGAAUCAACAUAUUCAAGCAAUUUCACAAUCCGAAGGACAAUCAUUCGCGUCGACUAGCUCAACCAGUUAUGAGCAGGAUCAAAACAUCCGAGACCACCAGUACCAGGAUUACGAUACUGUCCAGGCGGGACAAAUUCUGGCCGUAAACGAGAAUGAGCCGAAGUCAUCUGCCCAGUUGUCCGAUAACUUUGUACCUUCUCUGGUCUACGGACAGACCACGGGUAACACUGGCAACCAGGUGAACUUCAACGUUGCUAGCGAUGAACUAAUCCGCGGUAAUGGCGGUGAUAUUUCGUCCCAGAACUUGGACGACACAGGAGCCCUUGCCGAAGAACUAGUACCACCGAAGAACGAAGAGCCAUUGAUCACCGCCCCGGUUUAUCAGGUCUCGUUUUCGUCGUAUCAGAGCCCUGAGAAUCCUCUAGGGCCAGCAAAGACCUACGCAACUCCGCCGGUGAAAGACGCGACGAAUUUUCAGGAUGUUCAGUACCUCGCAGAGGGUGAUAACAGCCGUUUCAUACAAGAUUUGUCGGCGCUCACUUCGUACGGAACACCGACGAAUUCUUAUCAGUCCGAUCCGUUCGUUUCUGCGUCUUCGCAAGUAACAGGGGUUGCCGUUGACGCGCCGAAUUCGGACAAGGUUAACGACAGGUCGGAGGUCGGCGUGAAUGCGGACGAGGACACGGUUCGUUUUACACCUACUGGGGAACAAGAAUCGGGAACGACGAAAGGUGCCAGACUCAUGCGCAAGGUUAUAAAACGGAGGAAUUUCGCUGAUGGUAUAACGAAUGGUAACGCGCAGACGAGACUCACAUCGGAGAGACAGACGCCUACCCAGGAAACUGACGGGUCGAUGGUAAUUGGAAGUGAAAAGGAUUCGAUACCGGAAGUAAGAGGCAGUCGACAGUUUGGUGGCAUGACCGUAAUCGAUGGCUACUCGAGAGUGCAGCAUAAACAGCAUCAAGUUAUUGCACCAGAUAAUGAUCAGACCAUGGGACUGCCGGUUAAUCAUGCGCCUGAAACCGUUUAAGGGCGUGCAAUAAGCCAAAAACGACGUUCCAGACUGGCGGUUUGCAGAAGAAAUCGCAUACAACAGUUCUCCAGAU